UAUGUUAAAUAUCAUUUCUUCGGGUCGUUUUUGUUCUUGGUUAGGAAGUGAAUUAUUCAGGUAUCAAAAUCAGCAUAAUUGGAAUCGUGUUUGAUAGCAUUUUAGUUGUUAUGUAUCAAAUUUUACACACCAAGCACGGUGUUUGGCUACCAGUUUACAAUCCCGCACAACUAAAACAUGUAUUUUAUGUAGGGCAGAAGAUGGAAUAACUAAACUCGACAUAACAUGCAUAACUUUAACAAAUAAUUGUGUGAAUAAUCCGGGUAAUCCUACUACUUUGCACAUAUGAAUAAAUGAAUAAUUGAUUCCACUAGUGUGAGCUUGCUCAAAUUGACAGUUUCAAGCUUGAAUAAAGGAGGAGAGGGUUGCAGUGGGCUGACAAGUGACAACUGGUGUAUAACUUGUCAAUUAACCGACCCCAACUCGUUUUGGACUGAGGCGUAGUAGUAAUUGUUGUUACUUUGCACAUAUGAAUGUUUGGUUUUGUUGUGGAGUAACAAGACCUAUUGAUAAUAUAAUAUGCUGAUUUUUCAUUUGAGAUGGAAAUCAGUUUGUUUUGCCUUGGCCACAACAAGUCAAUUAUAUUGGUGAUAUCAUCAAGGUUUCUCAUCAUUGAAAUACUACUUGAUGUUUAAAAAGAAAGACUCACUGAUAAGUUGGCAUCAGAAAAGAAGUAGAGAGACAGUAAAUUAUCAUUUGAGUUUUUCCCUCCUUUGUAAAGUUUCCAUUAACUUGCAGGUGGGAGAUUGGACUGAUGGCAUAUUAUGUUUAUGUAGCUUCAGUAUAUGUGCCUGUUAUCAGAUUCAGAACAUUACAACUGUCAAAUGUUGUGCCUAAACAGGAAAAUAGUCAUGAUAAGGCCAAAGUUGUGGCUAGCAAAUGAUGGCAACUACCGAGAAAUCCGAUGAUUAGAUACGAGGAGGAUAUAGCACUUGAACCUUUUGCUGGCUAUGGGAUUAUCUAAGAAAAUUGCAAAUGGCGAUGAACCGGUAAAAGCUGAUGACAUUUGAAUUGGCUAAUACACUGAUGGUUAGUUUUCAACGGGAAGCAAAGAAUUUGCUGAGCACGUUGUUUAUACUGUUUUUACUUUUUAUGGGAUCUGAAAAUAGGCAAUAAAAUCAGCAAAGUGCCACUAUUUUCUCCUUUAUCAGAUUUUCUAUUCUGAUUUAUAGGUGUUCUCUAAUUACAACUGUAGUAAUAAUUUACUACUUUAAAGUUGCUUUGCUCAUUUUCAAUUUGCAAAUGGCUUUUUUAUUGCCUUGCCUUGGGCAGCAUAUUUCUGGUCCAGAAUUGAGAGCCCUUUUAGUAAUCUUAAUACAUGUAGAAAAUUUGAACAUUGCAAAGAUGAGAAUUUGGUCAUCAUGAAAUCUCGGCUAGACCUGUUGUGCUACUGCCUGCUAAACCAGUGUUCUCAAAGGCGAUCGCCAUUGCACCUUUGGCGAGAGGCGAGGCGAGGCAAGGCUAGUCAGACCCUUGUCUCCGUUUGUCGCCUUUCGCCGUCCAAAACACUGUGCUAAACCAAAGCUGACAACCAACCUCAUGAAUUCUAGGAGUCAACCCUACUUAGAUUUUGUUCUUAAAUGACAUUCAUUCUCUAAUAUCAAGGACUCAUUAAAAUUCCGAGAAGUGAAUAUUCCCAUAGAGUUUAAUGACACCGUUGAUCUGAACUUUAAGGGUUUAAAUUUUGCAAGUUUUUUACUUUUACUGGCGGAUGAAAUUAGAAAGAGAAUGACAUCUCCAACUGUAAGCAGAUGAUCUACUAUAAGAUUUCAUGCCUUUUCUAUUGAUUCAUAUAUGUCACCUUCAGUGGAGAAGUCCUAAGGGUGUCCUCACUUCUGGAGAAUACCAACAGUGUUCUAUCAGAACUCUAUGUUUGAAAAUGAUUUAUUUGAAUUGAUUAUUGAGCCAAACAGUGUUGUUUAUGCGUGUGACGGUUCAGAAGCCACAAAAAACCGGGCAAAGGUGUUGUCUAAUGAGAUAGAUCCUGGCCUCUUUAAUUUUGGUCUCUUCACUACAUUUUAUAUUUCAAACACUUACUGGAAAGUCCACACUACAAGGUAAUAAUGUGAUAAAUUUUACCCUUAUCUAAUUAUUUGCUUUAUGGAGGAACUGAAACCUUUACCCUCAUAUUGUUUGGCCAACUAAUAGUUGGUUGGACUAAUAAGAACCAUUUCUGAAAUAAAGACCAAGUAAUUGCUUGUCAGUGCAAUUUUAACCUGAGUAUCUCUUUGUAGGUAGAUGGGGGGAUAAGACAUUGAACAUGUAUUAGUUAGUCCCGAGAUUAUUUAUCCCACCAUUUAUGAUAACUAAUCCCAUGGGAUCACUUUGUCCCAUCCCCGAUACCAAACAACCCCUUAGGGUAGCAAAACAUUCAAGCUUGCGUCUGAAUGGUUUUAGCGUUCAUGUUAGCAUCUCUACUACCGUGGCUUCAUAAUAAACCUGGUUUUUAUCUAGUUUUUGGUAGCUCCAAUGUGGAUGGAUGAAGGAUUAUGUGGUUACUUAACAAAGGUAGAAGAAUUUUUUGUUGAAUCGAGUCAACAGACGUGAUGAGAAUAUAAAGUGUAAAGUUAGUUAGCUGUGAACAGUAAAAGUUAGUUAGUUGUGAACAGUAGAGUUAGUUGACAUUCAGUUACAUUAGAGUCAAGUUGUUGAUUAGUUAAAUUCUGCCAUAGUUUGUUGAUUAGUGAUUUGUAUAUAUAGAUUCACAUUGUAAUACUUAUUUUCUUAAUUCACAUUCAAUGAAAAAUAUCUUUCCAUGUAUCUUCUCUCUCGAUUUCUUUCUCUCAUAUCAGUACAUUCUCCAUUAAUGGAGAUUGGGAGCUCACAGUGCUGAUUUUGUCAAGACGAUUUUUGGGCCACCUAGCUACUACUGUUUGAAUUUGUUUGCAGCUGGCUUGAACUCUCCUCAUAUUUUGAUCUUCUGUGCUUGUAGAGCAUGUUGAUAAACAGAUAACAGAUUGAAUUGUAUAUUAGUGCAUCUCUCUCUUUUUUUUCUAACACUUAUUCAGGUGAUAACUGUCUAUAUUUGCUGUAUGAUUGUAGUUCAGCAGAUAUAGAUAUCCAAUUGGAAGCAUCAGUAAGAUGGAUCUUCGAACAUUUCUGAAAUGGGUUGCCAUUCAUCUCGGUUACUCAUUCUCGACAAAGAUUGUAGCUGCACCACCUACUGCUGAAGUGGAACCUAUACGUUCAAAUUAUAGUCAGUGUAUGGAAGGUUGUGGAAGAUUUUUCGCUGGGGACCUGUCCGUAUCAAUGUUUAAGAUUUGUCCUCUCAUUCUAAUAUGUGUUACAAAUGGGCACAAAGUUGACGCGUGCAGAGGUGGCUGACAAAGUGAAGUACCUUCUUUAAGUACUAUUCCAUUCCAUCAAUAGACGGACAAGGGAGGCUUGCUCAAGUGGUUCGAGUCACUCUGGAGGGGGCAUUUGAGUAAUUUACUAAAGCAAAACAAUUUCCUCCUGUUUUCUUAUUAAGCAAAAAAACCACCUUCGUAAAUUUUGUUCUUCACAUUUCGGUCUGGAAAACCUCAAACGACAGCUUUGUGCUUAGUUCAAGGAAACAGCAAUGGAUGCCGACGAGAGAUUAAUAGCUUUAGAAAAGGCGUAUACGGAUGUAGUCUUGAACACAGAGAAAGAAGCAGCGACGAGGAUUAUGGUGUCGGAACAGAAAGCUCAAUGUUUUCAAGAGGAGCUCCAAGUGGUGAAAGAAAAGGGGCUAAUGACGCUGAUGAAGCUCAAAGAGAUGAUGGAUUCUAAGAUUAUUGAAGUAGAGUUGACAUCGUUGAGUCAACAGAGGAAGAUUGAAGAACUUGAAGCUCAACUUGAGGAAGCAGAAGAUAUUGUAAGUGAUCUCAGGGUUGAGUUGAGAGAAGUUCAAGCUGAACUUGAGAAAGUUGCCAGCAAAGAGAAAGAAGAAAAGCAAUCACUGGAUGUUGAUAGUACUGAUACUAGAGAACUAACAAAGGACAACACAGUUGUAUUGCCUCCAGAAUCUCAGGAUGAUUCAGUGACAACUUCUAACAUGGAAGUUGACAGUAUGAACCAGAAAACUGAGGGCUACCAUUCUUGUCAUACAAAGGUUAACCCUGGAAACUGUUCUGUUGCUAGUUCGGAUUUAAGUUUGACAGGCAAAGCUCUAGAGUUAUACCAAAAUGGACAUACACAGAUAAUUCAUGCUGCUGAAGGAAACCUGUCAGAUAGGGAAAUCAUUCAAAAUGAAACAUUUUCUGAACAUUCUUUGAAGUUGGAAAACAUGCCAACCAAUAAUUUCUUGACAGAUGAUUCAACUGUAGCAAGAGGCAAUGCUCCAAGUGAAGAUCCUUCUGAGAUGGUCCAAAGAUUGUCCACAGGAAAAGGUGAACAAGGCAUAGAGAUGGGAUAUGCAGAAAGUUCUGAUAAUAAACCGCAGUCUUUUGAGGCUUCUGGUGUUCAUUAUGCAAUAGAUGAGCCUGAGGAGUUGAUGGGGAAGAUGGAUCUUUCAGAAGAAGAUAUUGAAAAUGUUUGCAAUCAGUUGUUCUUUAUAAAAGAUCUUUGCAGUCAACUGUUAAAGUCAGAGUCAAGGGUGACUGAUGUAAACAAUCGGGUCCCUAGCCAACCUCUAAAUGAUAGAGUGUUUAAGUACACAUACCAAAGAAAGAGGAAAAGAGAAUUGUUGAGUGUAUCUGAUGAGAAAGCUUCAAUUGCAAAGAGCUCUCAAACAAAAAAAAAGUGUGAAACUAGACAGUCUUUUUGAGACACAGGAUGAGUUCAGUGACAGAAUCAUCUCAGGACAGUUGGCAAAUGGCAUUAGGUUGCUCAACAGCUAAUGUGUCUGUCUAAGAAGUGCUAGUGAAAUUGUGUGUGCCAUGUCUUCUGUGCUAUAAAAUAAGGAAUGUCUUCUGUCAGCUAUCUCUGAGAUCCAUCAUGUCAUUUAGGAUGGAGGUUUACGAGUGAGAUGCACGAUCCAAUUGAUUGUUUACAUGUCCAGCAGGGGCCGUAUCUAGCCUUAAUGCACCAGAUAACUUUUUCCCAGAUCAUGUAUUUGUAUCGAUAAAUCCACUAAUUAGUGAACCUAGUUUUUGUUGUAUAUUAACUUGAGAUCACUGUAGGAACUUGUGACUUUGUUAUCCAGUAGGUUAACUAUUAUUAUUGUUUUGUUUGGAUUUGGAUGCUAACCUUGUAUAUUAUGUAGCUUUCAAACUUAAUGAUGUUCAUCUUUCCUCUUUGAUCA